AUGGCGACCUCAACCACCACCCUCUCCCCUACGGCUUCCGCCUCCAUCACCGCCGUAGGAUCCGAGGACCCCUCCGACGUCAUGAUGAAUCACCUCCAAGAAGUCCUCCUCCUCAAUUCUGACCCCGUCUCCCUCCUCAACUCCUUCGAAGGCGACGACUUCCUUGAACAACUUGCCCCUGUCGUCGAAGACGCUCUCAACUCCCAAGCCGUCGAUCUCCUCGUCGAGCGACUGGCUACCAUAACCGCCCAGAAAGAAACAGAGGUCCAGGAGCUCUGCAACAGCAAUCAGCAGGAAUACACAAGAGCCGUUCAGCAGCUUGCCAGAGUUAAACAGAAUUCAGAACAAAUGCGCUCAAGCGUGCUCGGCAUCAACCAAUCAAUCCAGCAAUCCGGACGCGCUCUCAACAAAAUGCUCAAAGACUCGCAGGGCGCCAGGAGCAAUAUCGACGAUGCCACCGCCGCCCUGCGCCAAUGCCUCAAAGUUCUGCACAUGACAAACCAAGUCUACGAGAUGAUUGAACAAAAGAAAUACUUCCAGGCUCUCAAAAGCCUCGACGACCUGCAAAAAAACCAUCUCCAGGAAGUCGCGCAAUUCGAAUUCGCCCAACGCAUCCGCCACUCCGUGCCCGUCAUGAAAGACACCAUCAAAGAAGACGUCCACACCGAUCUCUCGGUCUGGCUCCAAAGCGUGCAAGAGGUCGUUCCUCAGAUCGGCAUGAUUGCCUUCAGCGCCACAGAAGUCCGUCGACGCAAAUGGAAGGCUAAAGUUGACAAAGACCCGCAGUUGCGCUUCUACAAACUAAACUCUGCUGUCGAACUUGCCAUGGAGCAAGAUGAUGACGAUGAGCACUUCGACCCCCUUGACAACGCACACAUCAAAGUCGAUCUCACCCCGUUCUACGACUGCGUGCUCAUCUACACCGCCCUCGGCUCUCUCGACGAGUUCCGCGAACAAUACGCCUACGGCCGCGUCCAAGACAAAGACCAACUUCUCCCCAAAUCAAUAGCCUUCACCGACGACGACAUCAGUCCGCUCGAAAACCUCCUCCACAGCGCCUGCGGCUUCGCCAUCGUCGAGCGCGCGACAGUCCGCAUGGCAUACAAAGUCCGCACCGCCGAAUCCGUCGACGCGCUCUGGGAAUUAAUGUGUCAGCGCAUCGCCGACCUUAUCGAUCCCGUGCUGCCGACCUUGCAAAACCCUGAAACCCUGCUGCGCGUGCGCACCUUGCUCGGUCUCUUCAUCCAGACGAUGGAGAGCUUUGAGUUCUCGGUCGUCCGGCUGCAUAGCUUCAUGCUCUCGUUGUUUGGCAAGUACUCUGACUUUCUCAAAGAGCGGUUUGCUCAGGAAUUCAGCCAGAGCGUCAUGGAAGACGACUACAUGCCGAUGGUCAUCAACCAGCGCGAACUCUGGGAACAAGUCGUAAACAUCAGCUGGUACCAGGCCGACGUCGACCCAGACAAAGUCACAUUCCCAUGCGUCCUGCCAUUUUCCCAAGUCUACCCGCUUUCCUGCGCCGAGCUGCGCAACUUUGUCAACCAGCACUACAACUUUGCAGACGAGUUCACCGAGCAAAACCCCGGCCAGAUCGAGUCGCGCCUGCGCACGUCCGUCGACGAACUGCUGGUCGACGUCGUCUGCGCGAUCUUGAUCAAGCGGCUCAAGAGCAGCAACCGCGAGGAAAUCGUGCAGAUAUUCAUCAAUCUCGAGUACUUUGAGAUCGCAGCAUCCGCGAUCGAGCACACGCUCAACGAGACCGCGACAGUGCACCUCGCUGAACCGAUCAAGCUGCGGGCGGUCACUGAAUUCGCGCAGGCGCGCAAGAACGCCGAGCAACGCAUCUUCGAGCUCAUCAACUCCAAGAUCGACGACUUUCUCGAAAUCGCAGAGUAUGACUGGGAAACGACGGUCGAGAACUCUGCGCCGAGCUCGUACCUCGUCGACAUGGUCCGCUUCCUCGAAACGCUCGUCAACCAAACGCUCGUGCACCUGCCAAAAUCCAUCACGAGCUUUCUGUACUUUGACGCGUUCGACCACCUCGCGACCUCGAUGCUCGACCUCAUCCUCCACGCCGGCCGCCGGAUCAGCAAACCCGCGCUGCACAACUUCAACCGCGACGUGCACUACGUCGAGAGUUUUGUCUACGAACUCGGCCAGCCGAAAAGCAAGCCCUCGUCCUCCGCCGCGCUGACGACCGUCACCGCCUCGCUCGGAAACAGACUCACCAGCCGCUCGCGCAACCCGUCCGUGACCAGCAACGCGAGCAGUAACCCGCCAGAAGACCCAGUCCUGGUCCGCCACCGCAGCGGCGACGACACAGACGACAACAGUCUGCUCACGACCUUCACCGAGCUACGGCAGACGAUCGACCUGCUGAUGUCGCCCAAUAUCGAGGAGUACAACAACACCGAGGUCAGGAUGCGCAAGUACGGCCGGGUGAAUCCGCAGAACGCGAUCGCGCUCGUGGAGAAGUUGCAUGCUGCGCCGAUCGCGCCGCCGUCGCGGUCGAGAAUGCUUUAUCGCGGGCGGAACAACAAUUAGCAAAGGCGAGAGAGAGUGUAUGAUUACCGAUGGAGUAGAAAGGUGUUGUAUCAUAUUAUCUUCCUGAGUUGUACAGAGUAUGCGACGACUUGAUGGUCGAGAUUAUUGCAUGGGAUAGAGAAAUGAUUAGGUGAUAGGUUACAUUACAUCCACACUACUCAAUGCUUAUCGAAGGCGUUACCAGCAAAUCGUACAUCCAGAGUCCCCCAAAACCGUAAACAACAAUAAAAAUUAAAGAGUGUAAACCGAGAUACAACUGCUUGUAUCACCUUUAAACAACAAAAGUGACGUGCCAACUCCGUUAAAAACACAU